AUCUCGCAAUCGAGGCGUUUUUUUUCUGCUUCGUAAGUUCGUGGUCGAUCCAGCGAGCGAGCGAGCAGACCGGCGGCUAACCGCGGAGGGAGAGAUGGCGCAGGGGACGCUGGAGGUGCUUCUCGUCGGAGCCAGGGGCCUCGAGAACACCGAUUACCUGAGCAACAUGGACCCCUACGCGCUUCUGCAAUGUCGCUCCCACGAGCAGAAGAGCAGCGUCGCAUCUGGCAAAGGCUGUGAACCUGAGUGGAACGAGACCUUCGUGUUCACCGUCUCCGAUGGCGCAGCAGAGCUGUUCAUCAAGCUCCUGGACAGUGACGGUGGCACUGAUGACGAUUUUGUUGGUGAGGCAACGAUUCCUCUGGAAGCAGUUUACACGGAAGGAAACAUCCCUCCGACUGUUUACAAUGUUGUGAAAGACGAAGAAUACCGCGGAGAAAUCAAAGUUGGCCUCACGUUCACUCCAGAGGACCAGGGCUUCUGAGGAAUAACUUGGCGUGUGGCCGCUGGAACUGGAGGCAGCAGGCAGUCGUCUUAUGAUUCAGAAGCAAACGACGGAUCGAUUCCCUUGAUGUACUGCAGUCCAGUGAGCGUGCAUCUACAACUUGUAGAAGAAGCCUGCAACAUGAUCACGGGAUCCUGUACUGCAUCACUCUAAAGCCUAGCUAAAACCACCAGCUCCUGUACUUGAUGCCGGGCGGGCUUGUCAUGUACUGAAACCUACAAUAACGGUCGCCGAACCCCACUCUUUGAUGUUCA